AUGAAACAAAAACAAGACAAUGACUUGCGGGAAAACACCACAAUGCGCAGGCGGGAGACGCGCCGACAGAUCGACACCCACACUGGGCGCCUGCGCAGAUCCGCAAUGGGUGCGCAAGAAGUGCUGGUUUUGGCGAUAAGCAUCAUAGGCACCAUGGCGUUUAUCCCCCAUGGUUCUAUUGGGGAAAAGGACCACAUCCUAACAGAAGCUUUGCUUCGUGAGGUAGUAGAACGUAUGGGCAAAGAAUUCAAUGACGCCGCAUCGAGCUACCUGGACUUCCCGUCUAGUGAUCGCCAUCUAGCUCUUAUGGCACGAGCCAGUAAAGACCUGGAGAACGAACAGCUGGACUACGACUCACUAAUUGACGGGAACCCUAAUCCAAGUCUACGUGAUCAAGAAUAUCUGCAGCACAGCUCUUUAUGGGGACACCAGUAUGUAACUGGAGGUGCAGGUGAAGGGGAACAACGCCUGCAGCCUUCAGGGGUGGUGCCCAAUCGUCACAUGGUGAAAACAGACGCAGUUCUGCCUGCGUACUGCAACCCGCCCAAUCCUUGCCCUGUUGGUUAUACCGAAGAUCAAGGCUGCAUCAGUGAAUUCGAGAACACAGCCGCGUUCAGCCGUGAGUACCAGCUGUCGCAGCGGUGCAUGUGUGACGGUGAGCAUAUGUUCAGCUGUCCGCCAGAGUCACCGUCAGAGCUAGAUAUGAGGUUCCCAGAUCACCACAAGAAUCUCGUUGCCAAGAAGUACAAGCCUGAUGUAGAAAAUCCUUAUUUGACGGGUGAAAGGCUCCCCAUAGCGGCAAAAAAGGGGUUCGACGUUAACGUCUACUAA